AUGAACAGCAGUUACAGCAAAAGUCACGAGCAUCCUUUCAGCAUUGUCCUCGGCUGCCUCCGAGACUCUCUGGAUCACCUCCAGGGAACCGACAGUAGCAGGCAGCUGUCUGAUGACAACGAAGCCUUCCUCCUGGAUCAGCUCCCCAGGGAUAGGCAAUGUCAGUUCAUCCUAAAACCCAAGCCUCACGCUCCAGUGCGACUGCAAAGAGAAACUUGCCAGAAACUCACUAAGAGGAAGAAAUCUUUGAUUGACUGGGCUCUCCGCCGAAGUACCAGCACCCCAACGGGCAGCCCGGUGUCACAGUCCCCAACCACCCCACGGAAGCUUUUUGGCCUGUCCCUAACAUCCGUUUGUCCUGAUGGAAGCCUUCCCAAGCCAAUCAUGGAUAUUCUUCAGCUCCUCUACCACGAAGGUCCCUCUACAAGGGGCAUCUUCAGGCGCUCUGCAAAUGCCAAGAUAUGCAAGGAGCUGAAAGAGAAACUCAACUCUGGAGACGAAGUGCAAGUGGAUCGCGAAUCUGUCUUUGUUGCAGCCGCAGUCAUCACUGAUUUUCUGCGAAAUAUACCUGAUAGUGUUCUAUCCUCAGAAAUGCACAGUCUAUGGAUGGAAGCCAUGGAUAAAGAGACCCGAGCGCAUAAGACUGAAGCGGUCAAAAGUUUAGUGAAUCAGCUCCCAGAAGCGAACCUCAUUCUGCUCAGGCACCUCUUCGGAGUCCUCCAUCACAUUGAGCAGAAUUCCGUGGAGAAUCAGAUGAAUGCUUUCAACCUGGCCCUCUGCAUCGCCCCCAACAUGCUCUGGCUCCCCGGCCCCACUGGGCCCGAGGAGGAAAGCAGGUCUACCAGGAAGGUGGCCAUGUUGGUGCAGUUCCUGAUCGAAAACUCAGCUGAGAUUUUCGGAGGAGAUGCUGCUUCGCUCUUUCAAAGGCCGGGGAAAGAGAAGCCGGGAAGAAGCACUGGCGACUUGCGGGCUCAACACAACGAUUCCUCAGACGAGAUGGAAUUUGCUGCUUCCUACCAGGAGGCCUCAAAGCCGCCUUAUGCGCUGGGAUUCACAGAGGACGGUGUAUUCAGCCCGCCUGGCGGGUUCCAGCUCAACAAGGAGGAAGAAGACUGGGACUUGUUCAGCGAGAUCACCGCUUGCUACCAAAGCAAAGCCCGGGAGGACGCCAGUGCCGACAGCUACGAGCUCCUGCGGGAAGAGGCCCCCUUCUGCUCCGUGGGCUCCAUCUGCUCGCUCGACCCCGCGAGGAACCGGUGCUCCUCGGAGCCCAGCGUCUGCCUGAGCGCUCAGCUCCCCGCCCAGGACCACGAGCCGGUGGCCCGGCAGUCCAGCUGCGAUGCCGCCCUCCUGCGCGGCCAGGGAGGCUGCCUCCGGAGGCUUCAGCAGCUGCAGCUGGAGAGCCAGAGGCUCCUCGGCGAGGGCCUGAGCCCAGGGCCGGGCAGAGCCAGGCAGGCAUUCUGGUGGCGCUCCCUGGCCCCUGGCCGCAGCUUAGCAAAGAGCCUCAGUCUGCAGAAGUCAAGCCCGUCCAACAGGUCGAGUUUCUCCAGCCUGUCCUCGCCCACCACGUCCCCCUCGGCCUCCUCCCUCAGCUCUCUGGACAGCGCCUUCUCCUACUGCUCCGAGUCGUCUGCCCUCAGCCCCACGGACGCCUCCUCCCUGCCGCUCCUGUUUGGCACUUCUGCCAGACUCCAGGCCUCGUCCUCAAAGGGGUCCUCGAAAGAGCGGCAGCAGCCUUUGGCCUCCCCUCUGCCCCUGCACCCCUGCAGCUUGGAAUUGCGUGUUGAGAGGGGGGGGCAAGAGUGGGAGAGCGGCGGCAGCCACGGGCCAGCCAAGAGCGUCAUGCCCAUCCGUGUUUUGGGAAGCCUCCAUAGUGAAUGCAGCUGGGAAGCAGGCGAGGAAGAGGUGAGGCAGGCAGGGACUCUCCCCGGAGGCCUUGUGCCCCACGACCCUGGAGCCUCACGCCCCAGGCCUCCUGCCUCUGAUCGGGAGAGCAUUCCGGUGGUGAGUCGGCACGUGCAGAGAGAGAAGACAGUGAAGCACAUAGAGAUAAAGGGCCCAGAGGCUGCCCCUCACCGUCAAGAAAGACUGAGACGCACCAAGAUAACAGUGUACAUGGCCCCAAAAGAAAGGAGCCCGCUGGGACAAGAAGGCGAGGAUGCGACUGCAAGUGCCAGCUCAGAUGGUGGCAGCAACCCAGAGGUUCCCCGGAGUGUGCGCACAGUAAGAGUUCCUAUUCCCCAGACGGUGUUUUAUGGGCAACACACCCCGUUGGUACUCCAGUCCAUCUCCAGAAGGCACCACCGUGAAUCGGUGAGCCAAGUGGUGAUCCCUCCAAGUGCCCCUCCCCUGGAACACAGCAGGUGGCAGCAGGCCCCAAGACCCACGCCAAAGAAUGCGGCGGCGGCACCUUCAGCCACACCUUCCGCAUCCAGCUCCCGACCGCCAUCUGCAACACCGUCCGGGAGUACUUCAGUCACGACAGUCCCAAGGGCUGCCGCUCCGUGGAUGCAGACGCCGUGGAGGGUGAACUCGUCCGGAGCAGGGCAGAGUGGCUGA